AGUCGCUGUUUUUGGUAAUGACAGCCAAAUACAAGCGAUUUAGUGCCAACUUCACUGUGAAUGCGGUGGAAAAUUCCGAAAUUCAUAACUAUUGUUUAAGCAAUGGCUACCGUGCAAAAACUUAUCCAACAUCAAAUAUAAAAAUUCGCGUAGAUCAUUAUAAAUAAUAACAAUAAAGAAUUGUGUCGCAUUGUGACCAUUUGUGAAUCAAUCAAGUUUAAAGCAAAUAAUCGCUUCACAACGAAAAGGAGAAAUAAAUCGGCGAACCCAAAUAAUAUCAAGCUUAGGUGUGAAAAAUUAUUGAUUUGUGGAAAGAGAGAAAAAUGCAAGGACAAGCUCAAUCUCAAAUUCUGCAGGGUGGAAGUGUUGUCUUGAAAAUGACCGAUCAGCCACUUACAUCUGUUGGUCUGUUGGAAUUGGCUCAUCGCGAAUACCAAGCAGUCGAUUAUGAAAAUGCCGAACGGCAUUGUAUGCAACUGUGGCGACAAGAUAGCUCUAAUACAGGUGUGCUUCUGCUAUUGUCAUCGAUCCACUUCCAAUGCAGGCGUCUAGACAAAUCGGCCCAUUACUCUACGUUGGCAAUUAAGCAAAAUCCAUUGUUGGCGGAAGCUUACAGUAACCUGGGCAACGUAUACAAAGAGCGCGGUCAACUACAAGAAGCACUUGAGAAUUAUCGUCAUGCAGUUCGUUUGAAGCCCGACUUCAUUGACGGAUAUAUCAAUUUGGCUGCAGCAUUGGUAGCUGCACGUGACAUGGAACAGGCUGUUCAAGCAUACGUAACAGCAUUGCAGUAUAAUCCAGAUUUGUAUUGCGUGCGAAGUGAUUUAGGAAAUUUGUUAAAAGCAUUGGGAAGGUUAGACGAGGCGAAGGCUUGUUACUUAAAGGCAAUUGAAACGCGUCCGGACUUUGCCGUUGCAUGGAGUAACCUCGGUUGUGUUUUCAACGCACAAGGCGAAAUUUGGUUAGCCAUUCAUCAUUUUGAAAAGGCAGUGACAUUGGAUCCGAAUUUCCUUGACGCUUACAUCAAUUUGGGAAAUGUAUUGAAGGAAGCGAGGAUAUUUGAUCGAGCUGUGGCCGCAUAUUUACGUGCACUUAAUCUAUCGCCAAACAAUGCCGUUGUCCAUGGAAAUCUGGCGUGCGUUUACUACGAGCAAGGUCUCAUUGAUCUGGCUAUAGACACAUAUCGUCGUGCUAUCGAACUGCAACCCAACUUUCCCGAUGCCUAUUGUAACUUGGCGAAUGCUCUCAAGGAAAAGGGACAGGUACAAGAGGCCGAGGACUGUUACAAUACAGCCUUACGUUUAUGUCCCACUCAUGCUGAUUCACUGAACAAUUUGGCAAACAUCAAACGCGAACAGGGCUACAUUGAGGAAGCCACCCGAUUGUAUCUUAAAGCACUGGAAGUGUUUCCCGAGUUUGCUGCGGCUCAUUCAAAUCUUGCUUCUGUACUUCAACAACAGGGCAAGCUCAAUGAAGCGCUUAUGCAUUACAAAGAGGCCAUCCGAAUUCAGCCGACAUUUGCUGAUGCCUACUCAAACAUGGGAAAUACCCUGAAGGAGAUGCAAGACGUAUCUGGAGCUCUACAAUGCUACACCAGAGCUAUUCAAAUCAAUCCAGCAUUCGCUGAUGCCCACAGUAAUUUGGCCAGCAUUCACAAAGAUUCUGGAAACAUUCCUGAAGCUAUCCAGUCGUAUCGAACUGCUCUAAAGUUGAAACCAGAUUUUCCUGAUGCUUACUGCAAUUUAGCGCAUUGUUUGCAAAUUGUGUGUGAUUGGACUGACUAUGAGUCAAGAAUGAAGAAACUGGUGAGCAUUGUGGCCGAGCAACUGGAAAAGAAUCGUUUACCAUCGGUUCACCCUCAUCAUUCGAUGUUGUAUCCACUAUCGCACGAUUUUCGUAAAGCAAUCGCAGCUAGACAUGCAAAUUUGUGCCUUGAAAAGAUUCACGUACUCCACAAGCCGCCAUACAAAUUUCCACGUGACUUCAAUGGACGAUUGAAAAUCGGUUACGUGAGCAGUGAUUUCGGCAAUCAUCCGACUUCUCAUUUGAUGCAAAGCGUUCCUGGAAUGCACGAUCGUCACAGGGUGGAAAUAUUUUGCUAUGCCCUGAGUGCUGACGAUGGAACCACAUUCCGUAGUAAAAUUGCCAACGAAAGCGAGCACUUCAUUGACUUAUCCCAGAUCCCAUGUAAUGGCAAGGCAGCUGACAGAAUUUAUGCCGAUGGUAUUCAUAUACUGGUUAAUAUGAAUGGCUACACGAAAGGAGCAAGAAACGAAAUAUUCGCAUUAAGACCAGCUCCCGUGCAGGUUAUGUGGUUAGGCUAUCCCGGUACGAGUGGAGCCAGCUAUAUGGAUUAUAUCAUUACCGACGCAGUUACGUCCCCAUUGGAAUUACAAAAUCAAUACAGCGAAAAAUUGGCAUACAUGCCGUACACAUACUUCAUCGGCGAUCAUAAACAAAUGUUCCCACAUUUGAAGGAGCGUCUAAUUGUCAGUGACAAAAGCGGUAACGUUGCAGACAAUGUAGCUGUUAUCAAUGCUACAGAUUUAUCACCGCUGGUCGAACACACCGACGUCAAAGAGAUUCGUGAGGUGAUCAAUGCUCACAAACCAUUGGAAAUAUCGAUGAAAGUUGCUGAACUACCAACGACGACAGCUAUCGAGAAUAUGAUAGCAUCUGGUCAAGUUCAAACAUCGGUUAACGGUGUUGUUGUGCAGAAUGGUUUGGCUACGACGCAGACGAAUAAUAAGGCAGCCACCGGUGAAGAAGUGCCACAAAAUAUUGUCAUUACGACUCGUCAGCAAUACGGUCUACCCGACAAUGCGGUCGUAUUCUGCAACUUCAAUCAAUUGUACAAAAUCGAUCCAUUAACGUUGCAGUCAUGGGUUACAAUUCUGAAGAAUGUUCCGAAUGCAGUUUUAUGGUUGCUACGUUUCCCGGCUGUUGGAGAACCGAAUUUAUUGCAAACAACACACAAUUUACGUCUUCCCGAGGGUCAAAUUAUAUUCUCCAAUGUGGCUGCCAAAGAGGAACAUGUACGCCGAGGUCAAUUAGCCGAUGUUUGCUUAGAUACACCAUUGUGUAACGGUCAUACGACGUCAAUGGAUGUGUUGUGGACGGGAACACCAGUGGUUACUCUACCAGGAGAAACUUUAGCUUCACGCGUUGCUGCGUCUCAAUUGGCAACACUCGGUUGUCCAGAACUGAUUGCACGUACCCGUCAAGAGUACGAACAAAUUGCGAUCCGUUUGGGUACAGAUCGCGAAUAUUUGAAGGGAAUGCGCGCGAAAGUGUGGAAAGCGAGAGUCGAUAGUCCGUUAUUCGAUUGUAAGCAGUAUGCAAAUGGAUUGGAGAUGUUAUAUUCGAAAAUGUGGAACAGACAUUCUCAGAAUCACGGUCCUGAUCACAUAGCAGCUCUCGAAAAAUAAGCGAGAAAAUUAUGGCGACAGAAUUAAAAGUUUUUCUUUCGUUUUUUUCUUCUUCAUUUCUCUUUACUUUUUCUUUGUAAUUUAUUAUAGUGUUGAAAUGAGAAAAAUCUAAGUUGAGAGAAGACUGUCGAUGCGAUAGUUGUAGAAACAUUUUUGUUUAGUUAUAGACAUUCAGAGUUCUCUAUCAUCUCCUUUUUGUAAAUAUUUUCUUUUGCUCAUUUUUUGUGUGUAUGUGUAAGUCACCUGAUUUGGUGUGAUUUAAGAUCUUUUUUUUUUGCUUCAACAUUUUGCAUUAUUUUCAAAGGGAAAUUAUGUUACAGCUCAUUGUAAUUCGUAUUCAUUUCCUUCACAUUAUGUUAGUUAAUUUCUCCAUUUUUUUUUGAUGUGUUUGAAAAUAAUUGAUACCAUCGACAUCUCUCCCGCGCAAAUAUUAAUAAAAUAUCUUUUUUCGUGUAAAUAAAUUAUAUUUUACGAUUAAUUUCAUGUGCUUCACAUAAAUAUAUGUUAUUUCAAAAUACAAAUCAAUAAAAAU